AUGACUAAAAUGGGAAAACUCUACUUUGCUACUUUGAAAUUAAUUAUUUAAUAAAAUUACUAUAUUUUUAAGACGUUUAAUGCACUAUUUUAACCAUCUGGUAAAGAAUUUUUUGUAAUUAAUAACAGGCAUUAGGUUAACAAAGCAUAUUUAUAAUAGCUAAAUUAAAUCGAGCUUUCAUAACUAAAGUUGCUAACAAAGGCUGACUUUUUAUAAAAAUCUUUUAAAUAUGAUAAUUUGAAUUAAGUUACAAGAUGGAUGAAGAUAGAUAAUACAUUUAAUAGUCUUGAUUAUGAUGGGAUUGUUUACAUGCCAGGUACAAAUAAAACCUAUUCUACUUAUUAACCACCAGAUGAUUGCCCUUAUAAAGGUUCUUAUAAUUUUGAUCCAAGAUGCAGAUAUUAUUAUCAGCCAACUGUAGGAAAUAUAUCAACUGUUAUCUUUCCUCCUACUAUGAACCUCGGAACAACUGGUACUUAUUAUGCAAGUUAAUUUUGCUAGAGGAGAGUUAAUUUAGGUUCAUAAAAAUAAAAUGAAAUUUUCUCAGUUCUUUGUAUAACACUAAAUCUACAAGUCUUACCCGCUUACUUUUAAAACUUUGGUAAUAACUCUAUAUAUUAGAUGCUAAUUGAUCCCUCAAGCUUGACAGUACUUUAUAAUUCAUAAGCAUAAAUUUAAUAAUAAGUUACUGUGAUGCAGACUGAAACAGACUACCUUUAAGAUUAAUCUCAAGCAAAUAUAUUUAUACAAAAUUUAACUUAAAACUCAAACAAUGUCAUAUUAAAUACUAGCUCUUAUCAACUAGCGUAUUUGCUUGAUAACAGCCAACAAACAUUUUAAUAUAACAGAAAUGGUACUGAUUGUCUUGUUAUACUAAAUGUAAUCUCGAUUGUUGAUAAAGUACCAAAAGUAGAAAGAAAUAGACUUAAUGAUCCAGCUCCUAAAUUCUAAUUGAAGAAAGUAUACCUAUUUUUGGAUGUGCUGACAAAAGAAAAUUUACAAAUUUAUGCCACAAAUCUAUAAAAUACUAUUUAUUUUUAUAAUAAAAUUUUUGUUUACACAAGUUACGGAUUAAUUUGUAUAAUUUUAUAAAUAUAAAUUUAUUACUCGAUUAUUUUGGGGAAAUACAUAUUAAAUCCUAUAAUCCAUCUGUCAUACAUACUGAGUAAGAUAAAAAUACAAAAUUUAAAUCAAACUAUAAAUUUCGACUAAAAAGAAAAAAUAACAGAAAAAUUAUAAACAAGUUAUGUAAACAGCAGCUAAAUUGUUUUCAAUGAAAUGAAAACCGAUUCAGUCAAUCAAAUCUUCAUAGAUGAAUAAAUUGAUGCAGAUUUUGAAGGAUUGUGUCAUUCAAGAGAUACACAAGAUCUUUUGAAUAACUUUCAAGAUAUGUUUAAGGUACUCAGGUUUACUACUUAAAAUUUUUACAAAGAAGAUGCCAGCUUGUAGCUUUUGAAUCUAAUAAAAUAAAUUCAACACUUCUAACGAUUUGGUAAUCAUAGAGCACUAGGAGUUUGUUAUAACAAUAUGGGCGUAAUUCACUAUAAUUGUGGUAGAUUUCAGGAAGCUUCAGAAAAUUUUUAGUAAGCUAUUAUUUAUGCAAAUUACGAAUUAAAUACCUACUCUCAUCAUCACCAAGGAGAAGCAGUUGAACUUAGUCAAAACCUUAAGAGAAUAACAGCUCAUUUAAGAAGUUCAAUAUAAAAUAAUUUAAGUCUAGAAUUUACUGAAGAUGUAAGCAACCUUAAUAUUUCUAUCCAACAAGAAAAAUAAAGAUAGACAAAAUAGUAUAGUCAAUUUUAGAGUUAUCAAGUAGAGCUUUACUGGAGUCUAUUUAAUAGAAAAACAAAUUUAAUCAAAGCCAUGUAUAUGUUUAUUUAAAAUAGUAACAAUAAACUAUGGGAUAUCAUCGAAGAUUAUGCAUUUGAAAAUAUAAUAAUCAGCUAAAUAUAUUUACCUCCUUCAAAUAAAAGGGAAAUGAUUAAUUAUUACAUUUUAUCUAAAGUGUUACAAAAACAAAGUUUGGAUAAUGAAGCUAUUUAAGUAUUAAAUAGACUUAGUAAUUUUUAUGUAAAAAUAUAAGAAAGCAAAUAUGGAAAAUAAUCUCAAGAAAAUUAAAAAUAAACUGAUGUAAACUCUGUCUAAAUUAUUAACAGUUAAUGGAAAAGAGAAUUAUAUUCAGAUAAUUUCAUAAACUAAAGCAAAAAUAUGUAAAUCAGUAAUAUUAAUCAACCCAACAAUAUCAUGAGCUACAAUGAUGAUACAAAUAACUCUUUUAUUUUAUAUUCUCCAAUAAAAAAAACGAAAUCAAUGAGCAAAAAAAUAAAUAUUCAAGAUAAAAUAAAAGAUAAAGUUUAAAAUUUAUUUAAAACACAAAAUAACAAUUUUCUCAAUAAAUUAUAAAUAAAUUUUCAAAAAAUCGACAAAAAUCUUAUUUAAGAAAAAGAGCCAGAUUAGAAAGUAAAUUAAUCGAAAUUAAAAAAUUCUAUUUAUGAUUCUAAAAAAAACAAAGGAAUCUACAACAAUUAAAAGAAAAAUGUAAAAGAUUCAAAUAACAAAUUUUUAUUAGGAAAUGAUUUUUGCCAUCAUAAUAUUUCAGUAGCAAAUAGUAAAACAAAUUUAUAUCCAUUUUUAUUUUUUUAGGAGGGAAAAGAGAAAAGUUAUGAUAAAAUCACCAAUUAAAUAUCCUAAUAACCUCAAAAUAAAUAUCUAGCUGAUUCAUAAAGUUAAAAUGAAUUCCAUAAUAUUCUUUAGAAAUAAAGAUUUUCUAUGUUAAAAAGUAUUUUAUCACAACAAGAAGUUACAAAAUCAUCUAAUUAAAAAUCCAACAAGUAAAUAAAGUUUAUCCUAAAAAAGAAGGAAAAAGUUAAAGCUACUGCUUUGGAAAAUAAUAAGUUUAUUUUCUAUCCAGUGAGAAAACAUAAAAAUAACGAUAAAGUAAUACAAUAUGAAUAUAGUUCAGAUAUUUACUUUCAAUAUUGCUCAAUUGAGCAUGCUUCCUAUUUAAUUAAAUAGUAACAUUUUUAUAAUGCAGCUGUAAUGCUUACUAGCUCUUUCGAGACAUGUUAAUAUUAUCUACCUCAUUUAAGAAAAAUACAAAUGGAUAUGCUUUUCAAUAUAUUCUAAUAAUAAAACAUAAAGAGCAAAGAUUUUGAAAUAGCGAAUAAAAGAUAUUCUUAAAUGACAUCAUCUAAUUUCAAUAUUUACCUUAUUUCAGCAUGUUAAAAGUAAAGUGUUCAAUUAAAAUUAUAUGCAAUCUGUAAUGAUUUAGUAAAUGAAAUCCUUUUUAAAGAAAAUGAUUAUUUUGGAUUGAUUUAAUACAGCUACGAAGAACAAAUAUUCACGUAGUUAAUUGCUUCAACUUAGGUAAAACUUAUAUAACAAGCUCCAUUAUUUUUUGAAUAGAUUUUACUUUCAUUGCUGCCAAAAAAAUAAGCAAAUCAUACAUAAAAAUUAAAAAAUGAUAAAAUUUAGCUUUAACAAAAAAAAACUCUUGGUUAUCCGUAAUCUACUAGUAAUUUACCAUCAUUAAACUAAAUUAGUGUUUUUCAAGAUAUAAAUUAAUAAUCCUUUUAAAAUUCAAAUUUGAAUCUAAAAACUGGUUCUAUCCUUAAAUCAGAUAAUUACCACUUUAAUAAAAAGGCAUAAAAUUAAAAAUCUGACUAAGAAUCAUUUGAUGCCAGAGAAGAUAUCAGCUCAUUUCAUCUGAAAUAGAAGCUGAAUUUUGCUAGGAAUGAAUUUUUAGAAUAAAUAGAUUUAAAUACCUCAUAAACAUCUAUAGAAUCUUACACAAUACCUAAUUAAAUUCAAUUCUUUUAAACUAAAGAAAAUAUUAAAUAACAUAAUCUUACAAAAAUGUUAACUUAAAAAUAUUUCUAAACCAUUAGUAGUUUGAACACAACUUUAACAAUAAAGAAUAAUUCUCAGAAAUAAUUGCCAUAACCUUAAAGUAUAAAUAAUUCAAAUAUACCAUUCAAAGAAGAUUAUAUGUAAUAAAUAUAUACUUUUAUGGAUGAUAAAUUUAAAGAAGAUUCUAUCAAUAUUAAGAAUUUAUCGAAAAAAAAUGGCUAAAAUACUUAAAAUAAUUCAAACAAUUCUAAUUACUACAACAUUUAACUUUAGAAAUCAGACUCUGAAAAGACUUAAAAUUUAAUGAAUUUAGAGAAAUAAGAAUAAUAAAUUACAGGUUUAGAUUAACUAAAAAACUAACAAGCUAUUUAAUGUUAAUUUAACACUUCUCCUAAAUCCUCCUAGUAUAAAAAUAGAUAAUAAUCAAUUGAUUAGGCUCAAAAAAAAGUAAAUAUGCAAUAUUAAAAAAGCUUUUUACCAAACUAAAUUUAGAUUUUCAAUGCUUCAAAUCAGAAAUAGCAACCAAUUUCAGAUAACACAUUUUAAAUGGAUUUAUUUAUGUUUAAUAGUAGUCCUACCUCUAAAUAAACUAGUCCAUUAAAUUAAUUUUAACACUUACAUGAUGAUUAAAAUAAAUCAUAUUAACUAAAAUCUUAUGAAAAUUAAUUUGUUGACUAAAAAGUAAGCUAAAAUAGAAAAUAUCAUGAAAUGAAAAAAUAAUAAUGCAAAUCCAGUGAAUACUUAUUUCAUUUAGGAGUACAUGCAUGCUUAAAAUAGUUUAUAUUAAAUUCUGAUGAAAAACUAAGUAUUCAUCUAACUUAAAAUAAAUAUAAACACUAAAGCAAUAAAAAAUAUGAACCUUAAAAAAAUUAGUAAGCUUACUUGAUUUAUAUUACAGACUAAUAUUUCUAAAUCACUAAAUCAAAUCUAAUGCAAGAGUUGACUCAGCUACUAAUUAGCAUAGGUACUGAAUUGUUAAUUUUAGUUCUUAAUGAUGUUUAAUAGCUUGAUGAGAGCAGUGGUUUAGAGAAUGUGUCUAUUGAUGGCAAAUAAAUUAUAAGCUUUUUCAACUCAGAAUAAAAAAUGCUAUAAUAUAUUUAUAAUACCAGAGAACAUCUAAAGAACUACUUAAUGCCAAUGGUUAUUGAGCAUUUUUGA